UGCCUCUCUCUCUAUUCUAUUUCUGGUUUCUCUUCUUUUAAUCCGUAACCUCAGAAGAAAUGAAUCCAAAUCUCCUCCAGAAAGAUCAAACAUGUAAUGAAGCCAUCCAUGGGUCAAGAAUAUUCAGAGAAUCAAACAACUAUGGAUCUACAUCAAGCGCGAAGACCAACUACUCUCUUGCUAGACACCAUCCUCUCAACAAAUCAGUCUCAAUCUUGAAGUCGGUAGAUGAACAUGAGAAACAAAACGGUUUGAAAAGGAGGGGUAAAAGUGGAAUAAAAGCAAAAAUAUGCUCAAGAGGACACUGGAGACCAACAGAAGAUGCUAAACUCAAGGAGCUUGUUGCCCGGUUUGGUCCCCAAAACUGGAACGUGAUUGCUAACCACCUUCUUGGUAGAUCAGGCAAAAGUUGUAGAUUGAGAUGGUUUAACCAGCUAGACCCAAGAAUAAACAAGACUGCCUUCACUGAGGAAGAAGAGUUAAGGCUUUUAGCUACUCACCGAGCCUAUGGAAACAAGUGGGCUUUGAUCUCACGUCUCUUCCCGGGUCGGACAGAUAACGCUGUCAAGAACCAUUGGCACGUCGUCAUGGCUCGAAGGACUAGAGAAUGUCAACGACAACGUCAACAGUCUCCUCAGGCACCGGUCUCUACGAGUACUUUUGUCAAUGAAGAAGAUGAUAACGGUGACGAUGACGAUGGUUCAACUGUCUCUACUUGUACGACGGAGCUCUCUCUCACUCCGCCUUCUUUAACCCACCAGCCUCGCUUCUUCAAUUACGAUAAUACCCUUGCCUCAGGUAAAGAUGGUCAGUGUGUACAGAGAGCAGAAGUAAAUGGCAAAUAUAGUAAAGAGAUGGACCAUCAAAAUCACCACACAAUCUCAGUCAGUGAAAGGACGGUGAAAAUGAAGAUGAAAAGUGGCUUUUACUUCUUUGAUUUUCUUGGAGUUGGAGCUUCUUGAUUAAUAUUGUGAAGAAUUAGGGUUCAUGAUAAGGGUACUAAUUGUUCUAUGAAGAAAAUGGGUUUAAGUUUCUUUUGUUUACCUAGUUAAGUCUGACCAUGUCUGUUUAACGUUUUAAUUUGAGCCUUGGUAGAACCGUAGAAGUUAGCCGGAGUAGGAGUGAAAAAAAGAAAACAAAAAUAAAAUAACUUAAAGUCCGUGUUGAAAAAUAAAAUAACUUAAAG